GGGGGGCCGCGCAGGCGCGGAGGGGCCGUAGCGGUUGGCGGGAGGCUGUGGCGGGAUGGCGGCGGCGAGCGGUGCCGGGACGGAGGGGGACUCGGAUGGCGGUAGCGAGGAACUGGUGCUCACCCCGGCGCAGCUCAUCCGCAGCCUGGAGCAGGCCUGGCUGAAUGAGAAGUUUGCCCCAGAGCUGCUGGAGAGCAAACCUGAGAUCAUUGAGUGUGUUGUGGAGCAGCUGGACCAUAUGGAGGCAAACCUGAAACGGGCAAAGAGAGGAGACUUAAAGGUCAGCAUUCACCACAUGGAGAUUGAAAGGAUCCGUUACGUGCUCAGCAGCUACUUGCGAUGUAGGCUUGUGAAGAUAGAGAAGUUUUUCCCCCAUGUCCUGGAGAAAGAGAAAUCUCGAGCCGAAGGGGAGCCUUCCAUUCUAUCACCAGAAGAGUUUGCUUUUGCUAAAGAGUACAUGGCAAACACAGAGGUUUAUCUGAAAAACGUGGCCCUAAAACACAUGCCGCCCAACCUGCAGAAAGUAUCUCUCCUAAAAUCAGUUCCAAAGCCCAACCUGGACUCAUUUGUGUUCCUGAGGGUGUUGGAGCGUCAGGAGAACAUCCUGGUUGAGCCAGAGAUGGAUGAGCAGAGAGAGUACACCAUCGACCUGGAGGAGGGGUCACAGCAUCUGAUCCGUUACAAGACCAUCGCCCCGUUGGUGGCCUCAGGAGCGGUGCAGCUCAUCUGAGGGGCAAGCAGUAAGUGCAGGGCCAGGACCAGGGUGACACCAGGGGGCAACGGCUGCAGCCACCAUGUUCCUCCCCUCCCUAUUUAGAAAGAUAUUGGAGCAUGAGGCUAGCAAAAGGAUGAGAAUAGGAGUCCUGGUUUUGCCUUACCUUCUAUGCAUUGUGUGUUAUUCAUGUGCUUCCUAUCAGGCUAGCACUCUGAUUUCUGCAGCAGAGCAUUCAGCUCCCUGUGAAGGGAGACUUGAAUCAAUAGAACAAAUGCAAAGUGACAAGUCAGAAGGCGUUUUCUGGAAAGCUUCAGUGUGUAGCUGCUGGGAUGCCUUAUUUAAGACCAGUGGUGGACAGUUUCACUAAAACAGAACAACUGUGAUCAUGGGCUGAGGAGGAAGCAGCUUUCUAUUAUGUGUGGUCUGAAGACCCUCCCUCCACCACAGAGUGAGGGGUUCUGGUACAGCUUCUGAUUGCAGUUGUGAGGGUAGAAACUGUCAAACUCCCUGCUGCUGAAACAGCUGCUGGGGUAAGGGGCAUAAGCAAUUCCUUUGUGCUGGUCACGCAGAGGAAAAGCUCCACUGGCCCUGUUGACCCAUGUGUGCAUGCUUCUUCUAGUUGGAGAAGCCAGGGUGUCCCCUGCUACCUCAGCUCUGUGCCUGUCAGGUGUGUGGACAGACAGUGCCUCAUGUUCCUUCAGGACAGGGUUUUCCCUGCAUGGUGAUCUGUGUGAGGAACAGCCUGGUGCUCCUCUGGCACUCCCCUUCCUCUGGCAGGCAGGGCGUGACAGUGCAUCUUGUAGUGUGAGUAGCUUUGCAUAUGUGGUUUAUAGUAUUCCUACUGAAUACAUUUAGGCAAAGAAGAUUGGUUUAAGUACAGACACGACGAGAGGCUGGGUUUAAUCCUUAGGAAUCAGUAGCACAUAUCUCUGCACAGCACUCCAGGAAGGGCUGCAGAUUGUGCCCUGUCCUUAGCCCAGGCAGAUGCACAAAAGUGACUGAAGCUCCUAGCCAAAGUCAUUGUUAAUCUGCUGCAGAAGAGUACUAUAGAAGAGCUGCUUGGAGAAUGUCUAGGUAGCAUGUCUGGAAGAUUUUCUCCUUGGCCCUAUUAAGUUUGACUGAGCAAUUGUCCAGACAGCUAGUACUUGCCUCACCACUGCAUCUCAUGUGGCUGCAGCAAUGUGAGCAUAAGGGGUGCCUGUCCUCUUCUAGCAGCUGAAUCUUAACGGGGUCUGAUUGUUUCCAGAGUGCCUUCAGUACAGAUGCUCUCUGGAGUCUGACAGCUGGCACAUGGCAACUUCAUCACAGGCUAUGCAGGAUUUUUGAAGAUGGCUAGUAGGCUGAAAUCGGUCAGGCUUAUAGUGAGAUUCACUUUAUUCUAUACUUGAAAAUGUUGCUGUCUGCUCUUUAUGUCCUUCCAUGACUAAAUACCAGGACACUUCUGGGACCGGAUACUGCCUUACUGCUAACACCGUGCCUCUGUUCUGGAGGGAGGGGAAGUGUCUGCAACUUUAUCAGGGAAGUGAUGCUUUGGGUUUGUACUUUUGGAUGAAGAAGACCCAACAGUGCAUCCAACUUAACCUCUGCCUCUGGAAGAGAAUGUGCAGAGUGGGAACAGCUUUUCCAGCUUCCAUGGGUUCUGCUGUAGAGCUUAGGCUCAAAUAAAUCCCCUGUUCUCUGCUCUCUCCAAGAUGGAGAUAGCAUAGGUUUACUGAGUGAUUAAAUGCAAAAUAGGUGGAUGGUGAAA